AUGACACGUUUCACAGAAACUACUGAUAGCAGAGGCACAAAGGAAGUACACGCCCUUCAGCCAGGUAGUCAGUCAGGUGCGUUUACGGAAAGCCCGACGCCCCUUUCUGAGCUGCUUAAAGCUGCUCCGACUCCAGCAUCACCAUCACUGCUCAGCAUCAACCCCGACUGGGAUCACCAGAAACCAACUUCAGUUUCAACUAUCACAGCAUCAAAAAUGGAGCGAGCGUUUAUCCUGCUGAUGGCGACAGUCGUGCUCUCUGUGACACCAGAAGUCAAAGCAGUAUUGACAAAUGCCAAUAAUACACAGUUUAACAUCACCAGGACUGGCUGUGGAGUCACCAAACUCUGCGUGGAGACACCAGCGGACUGUGACCCGGCAGGAAACGGCACCUGUCUCUUCGGAUCUGUGAACGCCAGCACCCCGAUGCCUCCUAAUGGCGUUGAAAUGUCCUUCCAACUCAGUGGAAACUCCUCUGGAUACAUUGCUCUGGGCCUCACUAAGAACCAAACCGAGGGUACCACAAUUCUUCUCAUCUGCGCUAAAAUCAAUGAGACGUUCGAGUUCAGGAUCAACUCCAGGAACAACAGUGAUGGGACGCUCUCAACAAUGGACAGGGAAGUGACAGAAAUCCGCGGCACCGUCGACGGUGAGAUGAUCCAGUGCGAGUUUGACGUCCCGGGUCUGAACGCCAGCAGCACCAGGAACGCCGCAGACACCUCCUACGUUGUCCUGCUCGGAUCUGGAAGUGUAAACGGAUCUACCCUCGGACCCUUCAACGUCAGGUUUGCCAGCGAUCUUCUGAACCUUGCUGACCCAUCCAGCAACCUUUCACCCCCCGCCUCGUCUGGGAACAAGUGUGGUCUGCAUUCUCAUGUUCUGGCGUUCCUGGUGAGCAUCCUCACAAUGUCUGCCCUCAGGACAGUCUAACAGCCCAGAGAAGAAGCUAUCCCACAAAGACACGAUGAAGGAACCCGGUGCGCUAAGAGGGGAGGGGGGGAAUGAGUGUCAAACUAUUUAUUUAUUCUUUUGCACUAUAUUUGUACCCGAGGAAACCUCAGGGCUGAAGAAUCCAGUGUAACCAAUACAACUGAUGUUUCAUAUUUGUUGCCUUGCUGAGCCUUUUUUUCUUUUUUGACUGUUCUGAGGGGUCACCACCCGAGAACAGCUUUCACUGCUUUGACAGCACAUUCAUGUAGACAUUGUAAACAUAAGUAAACUAGGAGUACAGUACCUUCAGAUAUCUGAUCUGCGAUGCUUUUAUUGUAUCAGGACAUGGUUGUACUUUCAAGUUAUUCCAUUAUGUCUGCAUUAUAUACAGUAUAUCUUUUAAAUAAAGGUUCUCACCCAA